CCGGCAGCUGGGCUCUCCGGGGCCAUGGGGGGCCCUGGGGCGGGACAUGGGGCCCCGGCAGCAUCACUGCUGGCAAUCCUGGCUUCUGCUCUGCUGAUCCCAGAGGCUGGCUCCCUGCGCUGUGACAGCCGCAGCUGCAUCCUGCUCCGCGACCGGGGGGUAAACGCCUCCCCAGCGUCGUCACCCCCAGCGGCACCGAGUCCUGCACCCCGGCCCACGGCGCCUGCAUGGAGGCUGCCGUCACCCUCAGCACAGGGGGCAUGUCUGUGACUCUGAUCCAAAGGGGGUGCAGAGAUGGACACCCCAAGGCAGGGACCGAACCGCCCGCUGGGCCCAGCAGAUUCCUCCACAUCCAGGCCGAUGUCCGCUACUGCCUGUCUGACCAGUGCAAUGCCAAGGGGCUGGAUCUGGGGAGCCCUGGCCAGGCCACAGCUCCGGCCCCCAGCGGCCCCACCCAGCGCUACGCCGGCCUGAGCCUCGGCCCCCAGCCCCACACUCUGGAGCGGGUGACAUGUGACGGGGAGGACGCCCGCUGUUACCACGGCAACGGCACCCUCACAGCAGGGAAGCUGGCAGUGGCCGUCUUCAUGUGGAGCUGCCAGGCCCCAUCCUGCGCCGUGCCGCCCAGCCGCCACUUCGGCCCCCUGCAGCUCCGCCAGGCUGGCACCUGCUGCUCUGGCAGCUACUGCAACGGGCAGGGGGCCCUGGCACUGCUCUCCCUGGGCCUCAAGUUCUCCUCCGGCCACGUCCCCACCGGGAUACCCGGCUACGGCCCCCUCGCCAACGCCACGGCCUGGAAAGGCCACCAACAGCCCGGGCGCAGCCACGGCACGGCAGCCACGGAGCUGCCCCACCAGGACGACAGCACGGAGGCCCACUAUCCGGACCCAGACCACACCGGCUACGACCACAGCACGGACCCACUCAACCCCAGCUACGAGGGGGACCCGCCCCACAGCACCGGCCCCCGCGCGCGCCCAAAAGCCUGGCAAGAAAAACAGCUACCCCACGUCCACCCACGCCCACGUCUCCCAGGCGCCUGGCCUACGCCUCUGCCCCCUGCUAGUGGUUCUGGGGAUAGCCCGCCUGGGGCUGUGAGCGGGGCUGGGGGCCAGGACGCCUGGGUUCUCUCCCCAACUCUUAGCAGCUAUGAGGCAGUCAUUCCCCCCCUCCCCCACAUUGCAUGCCUCAGUUUCCCCACAUUUAAAGGGAGGGCUCCCAGAGGUGGGGGGUCAGCCCCAUGUGACGUUCCCUGUUUCUCUGUGUUUCUGCUGCUGAUUUCAGUCCCCAUUGUGGGCCCCCCGUCCUCCGCGCCCCCCCCCCUCCCCCCAAGCCUCUCUCUUUAA